AUGAGUCUACUACUAGAGAGCAGCCACGGGGUGGCGGUGCUUGAUUUCGACAUUGAAACAUACCCAACUUUAUGUCGCCAGGUGUUUAAUGUGGCCCGCAAACCGAAGCUUAUCCCUGGAAGCGAAGGAGUGACGUUUGAAGGUGUUUCCGUCAAGGGAGAUAUUGCCACAGUUGCCAUCGAGCCAGGCGCUAUAAUCGUGGAUUCAGACAACCACGUGAUAAUUAGACUCAAAUCAGGUCAUGGGCGAUGUAUCGGUACCGUUGGUGAAGGGUUUGACGUGAUUCAACUGAUAAAAACUGAUGAAUUGAUUACUGUGGUUGAGCUUCAUAACCCAUACAUCGGUGCUACAAAAUUGGACGAUAUCUCUCGCCAGCGGGCCAAAGCCCUCGAAAUUAUUGGUGACGUCGAUGACCAUACCGUCGAGCCCCUGCCACAAACGAUAUUUGUCGCUCGUCUAGCUCCGCAGACGCUGGCGAAUGCCCUUGAAGUGGUAUUUGGCCGGUUUGGCUCCGUGCGCCAAGUGACGCUUAAAACCGGGUACGCCUUCGUCGAGUUCGACCAGGCGGCCAGUGCCGAUGCUGCUGUGACCCAUUUUAAGGAUAAAGGCGGUGUCGUUGACGGAAGGGACCUCAAAGUGGACUACUCGCAAUCUACUACAAAAUGA